AUGUCUGUAGCACCCUCUGGAUCUCUCCGAGCAUCUGCUCUGUCUUUUGUGUUGCUUGCUGUUGGACACACGAUUGGCGGCAGACAAUGGACAUCGGAGAAAGUUUUCAAGGCAAUCACCAACUCCAGACCAUGGGCUUGUGGAACUGUAGGUUGGUAUCAGUAUCGGGUGGGUACUCAGUUUCCAUUGAAUCUACCAGACAUUUCAACUAAUCCACGUCAAGCAAUCCUUCAUUAUCAAUGGUCCCGCGACCCAGCUGCUCUCAACGACCCACUCACAAAAGCUAUGGCGGGCAUCAUCAACAUCCUGCUCUGGACCAGUUCGGCAUGGUAUGCUAAACAUGGUAUCAACGAAAAUGCGUGGGCUGUUGGGCUCUCUGCCGCAUUGCAAGCAUACGCAGCCUUCAAGUCAUAA